GACAUUUUCUAUGGAUUCUUCUAAUAUUGACUAUAACAGCAACAUCAACGACAACAACAAUGACGGUAGAACAUAUACUAUGUACUCCAAUAAUAACACAAUUAGAUCAAGCACCAUGGAUUCAAAUACUAUCGUAAUGAAUUCUUCAGAUUCUAGUACACUUAGAUCAAACACACUAGAUUCCAAUGUUAAAAUGUCAAUGAUGUACGACAAUUUCAAAAUAGUCGAAGAUGAUGAGUAUCAAUACAAUAAUCAUCUACAACAAAAAAUGCCAACCACUUCUCAAUUCAACGGCUUUGAUAAUAUCAAUUCUUUUGGUCCUGCAAACGUAUCCUUGAAACGAUCGGUUGAAUUUAUUGAACAAUUAUUAUCAGGCGAAGAACAGGAGAAAGAAUUAAAGACUUUACGAGUAACAAGUAAAGGCAAAAUUAUUGAAGGGUUGACAGAGGAACAUCACAAGGUGCUCGAAUGGGAAAAUGUUGGUAUUGCGCUCCGCAAAAAAACAAAACUAUUUUGUAAACCGGUAAACAAUGAUAAAUUACCAGAUGGAAAUCCAUCUGGCAAUAUUUUCAUUAAUACAAACCCCACAAUUCCAAAUUGUACCAAUCCACUACCAAUUGACAGCCAAGAUGUAUUUCAAAUAUUAUAG